AUGGAGAAAGGAACCAAUCUGGAGAAAGGACAAAUAUGGAGAAAAAGAACAAUUCUGGAGAAAGUAACCAAAUCUGGAGAAAGGAUAGAAAACAAUUCUGGAGAAAAGGGAACAAAUCUGGGAGAAAGGAACAAAUCUGGAGAAAGAAACAAUUCUGGAGAAAGGAACAAAUCUGGAGAAAGGAACAAUUCUGGAGAAAGGAACAAAUCUGGAGAAAGGAACAAUUCUGGGGAAAAAAACAAAUCUAGAGAAAGGAACAAAUCUGGAGAAAAGAACAAUUCUGGAGAAAGGAACAAAUCUGGAGAAAAGAACAAUUCUGGAGAAAGGAACAAAUCUGGAGAAAGGAACAAAUCUGGAGAAAGGAACAAAUCUGGAGAAAAGAACAAUUCUGGAGAAAGGGAAAAAUCUGAGAAAGGGAACAAUCUGGAGAAAGGAACAAAUCUGGAGAAAAGAACAAUUCUGGAGAAAGGAACAAAUCUGGAGAAAGGAACAAAUCUGGAGAAAAGAACAAUUCUGGAGAAAGGAACAAAUCUGGAGAAAGGAACAAUUCUGGAGAAAGGAACAAAUCUGGAGAAAGGAACAAAUCUGGAGAAAGGGAAACAUUCGGAGAAAGGAACAAAUCUGGAGAAAGGAACAAAUCUGGAGAAAAGAACAAUUCUGGAGAAAGGAACAAAUCUGGAGAAAGGAACAAAUCUGGAGAAAGGAACAAAUCUGGAGAAAAGAACAAUUCUGGAGAAAGGAACAAAUCUGGAGAAAGGAACAAUUCUGGAGAAAGGAACAAAUCUGGAGAAAGGAACAUUCUGA